GCCUUCCUCCUGGUCCUCUUCUCUGAAAUCGGUGACAAGACGUUCUUCAUCGCGGCAGUGCUGGCCACAAGGCGUCCCAAUCUGGAGGUCUUCGCAGGCACCUUUGGCGCCCUCGCCGUCAUGACUGUCCUGUCGGUGGCUCUGGGUCGAAUCUUCCAUUACGCAGACGAGCUCCUUCCUGCCUUCGGCUCAUUUGACUUCCCUCUGGAUGAUGUCGCCUCUGUGGUUCUCCUGCUCUUUUUCGGCCUCUCCACUUUGAGGGACGCAGCAGGCAUGGACUCCAAGGCGGAGGAGGAGCAGCAGGAGGCGGAGAAGGCAGUAGCAGGGCUGAACGCAGCAGAGGGCACAGAGGGCGGCAUCUCCCUGGCAGUGCUGGCUUCGGUGUUUGCUCUGGUGUUCACAGCCGAGUGGGGCGACAAAUCAUUCUUCUCCACCAUCGCCCUGGCGGCAGCAUCAUCCCCAGCAGGAGUGGUCACUGGAGCCGUGGCGGCUCAUGGGGUGGCGACAGUGAUGGCAGUGCUGGGCGGGUCAUUCCUCUCUAAAUACAUCUCUGAGAAGACCGCUGCCUACGUGGGAGGCACUCUCUUCCUCGUCUUUGCAGCCAAACCAGCUGGAUUACUGUGGCCUACGUUGGAGGCACUCUCUUCCUCGUCUUUGCAGCAGCAACGCUGGCUGAAAUCGUCGCCAACAGCGCUGCUGCUUGACAGGUUCCUGCUCUCCCGAGUUGCGUGCACUGUGCAACCAGAACGGGGUUUUGCGACUGCAAUUACCCAGCAUCAUGGCACGGCGCUAGCAGAAUAG